UUGAAAUCAGUGGGGUGCAUGCACUGCAAUUUUUUAAAAUUUUAAGAGAUAGAAUUGUAAUUCACCCUAUUAAUUAUUAAUUAAAUAAUUUUUUCUUGGGAGCAGUUUGAAACUUUGAAGCAGUCUACUUUCGAUAGCAUUGCUCAUACAAAAAUGAUUACUUAGUCUAGUACUAGCAGUAGCACGGCGCCUCCCAUGGAGUUGAAUUGAAUGUUUGACUUUGGUGCUGCUGCGGCCUCGCCUCUCCUCUCCUCUCCUCUCUUCUCCGAAGAAUUAGAAUUAGAAUUAGAAUUAGAACUAGAACUAGAACUAGAAUUAGAACUGUAACUGUAACUCACUGAUUGAUUGAAGAGGAGGAGGAUUCCGACCAUCCAUACGACGCACUGCAGAGCGCUGCUGCUCUGACCGCCUGCUUAGCUGAGCUGAGAUCCAUCCGACCAGGCGAUAGCAAGACAGAGACGUAUACAUACAUACAUACAUACAUACAUACUUAGAUACUUAGUGCAGCACAAGGCCAAGGUUCAACCUUUGUCCAAAUGGGGUGCAUUUCUUCCAAAAUUUUAAGUAAAUCAAUGAGUUUUCGUAAGGAGAUGAGACAAAGCUUGCAGAGGACAACAGAUGGCAUUCUUGGGCUAGAAGAAAUAUUCACCACUGGCCCCAAACCAACUCUUCAUUACCCUUCAAAUAAACAUGAGACCAUCAAUACAUGGGAGUUGAUUGCAGGGCUUGAAGAAGAACAAGAAGUGCAGCAUGCAAAUCAUUUGCUGCUACCAUGCCCAGGAGUAGAAAAACUUGAUAUCUAUGAAGCUAAUCGAUCUCAAAGCUGUCACUGGUCGCCAGAGAAUGAAAUGUCCCCUCGAGUUCCCAGGGAUGACGAGUUUACUGAAGAGGAGUUUAAAUGGGGGAGUAAGGGUGUUGCACGCGCUAGAAGCUUUCACACAGUAGAGGAAUAUGAUGCAAUGAUAGAAAAUAUUCAGCUGGUCAGGAAACAGGUGGAAGAGUUUGGUGAUUAUAAGCAUGAUUCAGCAACCGAAAUGCAACAUUCUAAAUGUUCCUCCAAGAAAUCUCAACGUGUUGAUGAUUACUACUGCUCUAAUAUCCAUGAAUCUACACAAUCAUCUGAAGAAUCAAUCAGAGAGAAUUCCAUGACUGACAAGACUAUAAAUCCCUUAACUUCAGGACCAGGAACUAAACAAGUGCUACCAAGUCUUAACAGUUCCACCUUAAUUGAGAAAUCAAAAACUUUUGAGGAAGUUGCACAUGAAGGAAACAUCUCUGAGAAAGGCCUGAAAAGAAAAGCCAUUGCGCAAAGCCUAAAAUCACUCCAAACCCCGUCCACCAUUGACUUCCCUAAUGUUGCAAGUCUCAGGGAAUGGCUUCAAAUGGGGGAAAAGUGUACUCCCCUGGAGCUUGUCACACCUAAAUUUGGCAGCUAUAACGUACCCAUGGCUGGGUCAGAUAAAGAAUGCAGGGAGGACUCCAUCUUUGACCCAGAGCUGGUGGCUGCAUUCGAAGAGUGUAUGAUACAAUUGGCAGUAGAAGAAGAAAUGGUUCUUAAACAAAUUGAACAGGUUCUGGAGGAAGAACACACUAAUGAUACAGAAGCAGAAGAGGAAAGUUCAUCCAACACUCAUUUGGAUCUCCACUUAGGGUGAUGAUGCAGAGAAGAAUGGGAAUAUUGUCGGCUAUUCUCCAAACACUACCUUCAGUUUUAGAGGAAGACUUUUUAUACAAACACUGGGAAAUACGCACACAUAACGGGGAGAAAAAGAGACAGGGUCAAACACAGACGGAACUAAAAUGCUUUUCUUCCUUCAAUUGGUUGUUAGGAUUAGUGAAAUGUAACGAAAUUGUACCCAACAAUAGGAAAAGAAUUGGGAAAAUCUUUAUUUUGUCCCUUAUCAUUUUGCUCCCUGGACUAUCAUGGAAUAUCAUGGAAGAGAUCAAUAUAGAGGGAUAAAAUACCAUUUUACUUAAAGUAAAAUAAAUAGUUAGCAUCUUUGAUAAA